AUGGCGGGUCGGCCACAGCCCGUCUACCAGGGGAGUUUCACGGACAGAUUUCCCCACAUCUCGGCUGCUGGGAAGUUGUUUCCAACUGGUGAUACGGCUGCACAGUGCCUCACUGAAGCUUUACCCAGGCCUGCUACUCCAGCUGUUGUGAAGAAGUUUCACAAUAUGACAAAUCCAGCUCCUGGUGCUAAAAGAAUAUUUUAUGGCAGAGCAGAUGAUCCUGAUCUUGCAACUCACUUGACACACGGCAUAACAUCAGGUUCUUCAGUUGCUGCAGCUUCAUUGAUAAAUCCACUUCCCAAAACUAAUUUUCAACAAAAAUUACAAGACAGAAAAGAGGCAAUCUACUUCAGUAAUCGUGAAGCACCUUUGGGCAGGUCACAUGAUCAAUCUGCUAUGUUACCCGAGGGCUUGGAUAUAAUCAAUACCACAUUUGGAACAAAAAUUAUCCAAGAUACAUCAGCUGGGGAGCUAAUAAAUCCUCCAAAAACUUUUGCAGAAGUAGAUAAAGAAGCCAGAGAAGGACAUGAUUUGUAUGUUGUGUCACACAAUGAUUAUUAUUCUGGGGAAGCAAUAAAUAGGAAGUAUGACUCACCAAACUUCAACAAGUCUUAUGUGUAUGGAAUAGAAACCCCUCACUUUGAAGAUGGACGAAAUGUAUCCAAAUCCUUAAAUUGGCUCUAUGAUUGGCAAUUGAAAAGAGCAGCAAAAAUUGUGUCCAAAAGAAUUGAUGACUUCAAGGAAAAAUUUCAGCCUCAGAUUGGAAAAGUCCUUGAUCCUAUAGCAGAAACAAUGAAUGUUCCUGCAGACCAUACCUUUGGAAUGUUACUCCGUCCAGAUGAAUAUGGCGUUGGAGAUCUUCUUCACUGUAGGGUUCCAAGUGAGUUCCUCCGUGGCAAAGACAGAGAGAGAGCUGUCUUAGCUGCAGUUAGACAGUGUUUGAAGAAAGCUAACUAUGAAAAUUUUGACAUGUUACUAGAAGCAUUCAGGCAUUAUGAUAAGAAUGGUGAUGGGAUGAUAGACAAAAACGACCUGAGGAAGUCCUGUUUUCAACUUAAUCUGAAUCUGGAUAGUGACCUCUUGGAUUCCUUAUUUGACUUUUGUGAUUUGGAUAAAGACGGUUUCAUUAAUUAUCAGGAAUUUGCAAACUUUCUGAAUUGGAAAGACAAAAAGGCUGUAGAAGAAUUUGAAGAAAAAGUAAUCACAAAAGGGAAAAAACUAGAUGUUCCUCCUCAGUCUGACAUCAAGACAGAUGAUGAGCCACUGUUGAAGCAAGAAUAUCUUGCAGAAGAAGCAGAAAGCUCAGGAAAGACACCAAAAACGCUUACAAGACCAACAGACAGUGUAUUUGCAGACUAUCAGACAACUUCUUCCCAGUAUAAUGCUGUAGUAGGUGGUCUUCCAACAAACUAUUAUCCAGUAUGUGGCAUUCCAACUAUUCGUUCAGAUAUUCCAGCUCCUCGAAUUCGCCGCAUUAGUGACAGAACUAAUUAUGGUGAUCAGGCCAAUGCUUAUGCAUUGUUGUUCCCUUCCAUCUUCAGUCAAAAGGGAGUGUAUGAAGGAGACUUCUUUAAAUCAAGACCAAAGGCAGAGAUAGCACAAAUUCUUCACAACAGUGGUGUGAACAUUUCAGAUGAAAGAUUUGAAGAAAUAUGGAAACAAGUAUGCAUGAAACAACAAAAAGAAGAGGUUUGUGUAGAAAGUAUAAGAAAUAUACUGGAUGAGAUUCACGCAUCAGACACAAAAGACAGUUGCUAA